AUGAAGCUGGAAGUACAGAAGAUUAUUUCGAUUAAUUUCUCUCUUAUAUAUGGACUUUCCGUACCAUCCUUCUCAUAUAUCUUGAGCGAUCGGCAAAUGCGAUUACUUCAAGCUGUAGCAGAUAUUUCUUCGAAACUGCCCCAGCAGUCAUAUCAGAAACUGUCCAAAUUAGUACACGCUAAGGACGUUUUCGGUUUUCUACUUCAAUUCUGGCUAGGGUUAAUAUAUCUCAUGAAUUUUAAGACUUUCGACGGUUUACUUGAAAUUUUCGGAGUAUAUAUCGCCAUGUUGAUAUUUCAAAUAGAUAUGAUGUAUAUAAAUUGCGUUUGUGUCUUGAAGGCCUGUUUCAAGGAUAUCAACGAUAAUCUGGAGAAUCUACGGGAGCUGGAGAUGAAUGAUAUCCCAAGAUGUAUCUAUCACGAGCAAAGAUACCCAUUCUUGCUGAUGAGAAUCAAAGCUCUUCAGAAACAGCAUCUGAUGAUCAGUAAUACAGUGCAGAUGCUGAACGUAAUUUUUAGCCUGCAUCUUCUCGCUGCCGUAGUCUUUUCUUUAAAGCAUAUCGUAUUUUAUGUUUAUUAUGAUGUAAUACGAUGGCAAAAUGGAAUGAUAUUCUUCAAACUGGAUACGAUUUAUAAAGUGCAUAUGAUAUCAUCCCUAGGAUAUUCCUUUAUAAAAAUAAUAUUGAUAGUGUGGGCUUGCGAAACCGGUAAAAGUCAAGCGGCAGAAAUCGGCACUACUAUUCACGAUGUGCUUAAUUUCACCAACGAUGUAAAUAUCAAAAAUGAGUUAAAUCUGUUUUCCUUGCAAAUAUUGCAUUGUGAAAAUACAUUCUACGCGAAAGGUCUCACUGUGAAUGCGACGUUACUCACUAAGAUGAGUGAUUAAAUAUAUGUACCUUAAUUAAGCGUGUAUCAUUUAAAUACUUUACAUUUUGUGUUUUUAGAUGGUGAAUAGCAUUACCACGUAUCUAUUAAUUUUAAUACAAUUUUUCAUCAUGUCGCAUUCUUGUGACAGCAAGACAAAUGCAUCAAAGAAAUACGUUUGAAAAUAUUGUAAUCUUCUGAUUUUUACAGGUU